AUGACUAACCAAAUGAAAGAAGCAAGUGCCUUAGGAGCUAGAACUGCACGAGCAUGCGAGAGCUGUCUAAAAGUAAGAGCACGAUGGUAUUGUGCAGCUGAUGAUGCUUUCCUAUGCCAUGGCUGUGACAACAUAAUUCACUCAGCAAACCAAUUAGCAAGCAGGCACGAAAGGGUUAAGCUUCAAACUGCAUCCUCUAAGGUCAACUACUCAGUGACCCCUCAUCAUAAUAAUAAGGUAGCAUGGCACAGUGGAUUCACUCGCAAGGCAAGAACCCCACGCCCCAACAACAACAAGCACUCAUCGGUGCUGCAGCAACAACAACAAAAGCAAAUACAUGAACAAGAAGUGUUUUUCAAUAACACUAUGAGUCUUCCCCUUGUGCCAGAGCUUGGAAGUGAAGAAUCAUUGCUUAAUGAUGAGAGUGAGGAGCAACUAUUGUGUCGCGUACCCGUGUUUGAUGCUGAGCUUUGUAGUAUAUACAAUGAAGUGAAGGACGAGGUUUUAGCUGGUGAAGAAGCCUUUGACUUGGAAAAUUUUUCUUCCGAGUUUCUACCAUCAGAUAUGGACCUUGCUGAGUUUGCUGCCGACGUGGAAAGCUUACUUGGAAACGGGGCUGAUAAGGAUUCAUCUGAGGGCGUGAAAGGAUCAGAACUUGUGCUUGAUUGCAAAGAAGAUGAUAAAAUGGUUGCAUGUGUUGAUGGACUUGGAGCCGAAGAGGCAAUGGUGAAGGUCAAAGAUGAAGAAGAACUUGAUGUCGACACACCUUGCCAUUUGGAUUCAAUUAUUCUUGACAUGAACAGCGAGGCCUUUAAUUGGAAUGAUAUUGUCGAGUCAGACUCACUUGGUCAGGAACAAGAAGAGGAGUUGAGUAAAGUGGGAACCAAUAAGAAGGACAUAUUUUUGAGGCUAAACUAUGAAGAUGUUAUUACUGCUUGGGCCAGUCAUGGUUCUCCAUGGACAACAGGAACCCCACCUAAGUUUAACUCUGAUGAUUGCUGGCCAGAUUUCUUGGGUUUAAAUGGUGGGGAUGUUCAAUGCUGUCAUGGGGAACUGAGAAGCUUAAGAGGGCAUGCAGAUGGGGCAAGAGAAGCAAGAGUGUCAAGAUACCGAGAGAAAAGAAGAACCCGUUUAUUUGCAAAGAAGAUAAGGUAUGAAGUGAGGAAGUUGAAUGCAGAGAAAAGACCUAGAAUGAAAGGUCGAUUUGUGAAGAGAACAUCCUUCCUUGGAGCCACUGCUUUGCCGGCUUAG